AUGAACGCAGGACCACAGCAGGGCCCACCUGCACCUACCGCCGAGCAGCUUGCCAUCACCGAUGCCGGCUUCCAGCACGUUCCGCUCGCGCUGGAUGCCGAGACGAGCACGCUGCAUACGCCCGUGCCGGAUCUGGAUCUGACGGUGCUCAAUGCGCUCAUUCGCUCGAUCAAAGGUCUUCCACCCAACGUGGCCUUUCCACCCCCGCCCAACGCCAUUGCGCCGCAGCGAUCCAUGGCGAUCAAUCAGGCCAAGGAGCAGGGCAACACGGCGUAUCGAAACAAGGACUGGGCCGAGGCGGUCAAGAUGUACACGCUCGCCAUCGACGUCGCGGCAAGCAGGCCGCUGUGGGAGGCGAACCAGGUGGCGAGAGACGAGCUGAGCCUGUGUCUGGCCAACAGGUCCGCGGCGUUUGCGAGCUGCGAGGAUUGGAUCGGCGCGCUGUGCGAUGCAGAGGCAGUGACCAAGCUCAAGAAACCGUGGGCAAAGGGUCAUUACAGAAAGGGAAAGGCGCUCGUCGGGUUGCAGAGGUGGAAGGAGGCAAGGGAGGCCUUCGAGUUGGGACUCCAGUUCGAUCCGGAUAACAAGGAUCUCAAACAGGCGCUGGCCGAACUGCCCGCCCAGAAGAACCAGCUCUAG